AAAAAUAUAUAUAUAUAAAAAAUAUAAAAAUUAAAAUAUAAAAGAAAACAAAUUAUUUAAACAUGCAUCAGAUGGCCAGGAGAUCAAACAUACGUAAAUAUUAUGUAGAAGCCCCGCUGCUGCUGUCGUUGCUGCAAUUAUGACUUUUUGAUAAGCAACAUGCAUAGGUAUGCACGUUAAAGAAAUUUUCUUCAUUCAUAACCAUUUGUGUUGUUCGUAAUGCUAUUAACAACCGGAGAUAUAGAAAAGUUCAUUAAUUCUAAAAGUCCCUAGAGUGAGAGUGAGAGAUAGGAUUAAGAAAAGAUAUCAAGAGGAAGAGGAAAAGUAAAAAAAACGUGUGAGAGAGAGAGGAAAAGAAAGAAAGAAUGCAAGUGUGAUAGCGGAAGGUAGCGCACAACGUAACAAUAACAAAGAAGUUUUAUACCAAAAGUGAUUAGUAGAUAAAUUUAACCCAAUUUGCCUUUAGAGUAAAAAAGAAAAAAAAAAAAAAAAAAAAAAAAAGGAAGAAAAACAAGAAACCUUACCGACCGACAAUCGAAACCGAUAUUUUAUAAUAAUCAAAAAAAAAAGAAAAGAAAAAAGGAAAGAAAAACAAAAUUAUUAAAGGAAAAAGCAAAAUUAAAAAACUCAAGACUACGUACAUAGAUAUACACUUAAAGAUAUUUAUGCAUAUAAAAUAAGUAUUGGGGUCAACUAACCCUAUACUAAGUCAAAGUGCAUGGAAAUUUUGUGCAAUAGUGUGAACGUGGGUCACCCAGUCAGACUACAAAAAUGCAGAAGGAAAAUAAUACAACAACAACAACGGAAAAUUGCCAAUAUGUGGGGCCAUACCGUCUCGAGAAAACACUCGGCAAAGGACAAACUGGUCUGGUUAAAUUGGGUGUACAUUGUGUUACUGGGAAGAAGGUCGCCAUUAAAAUCAUAAAUCGCGAGAAACUCAGCGAAUCCGUGUUGAUGAAGGUGGAACGUGAAAUAGCUAUAAUGAAAUUAAUCGAUCAUCCGCACGUGCUUGGGCUGAGUGACGUCUAUGAAAAUAAAAAAUAUUUAUACUUAAUUUUGGAACAUGUUUCCGGCGGUGAGCUGUUCGAUUAUCUAGUUAAAAAGGGUCGCCUAACCCCAAAGGAAGCGCGUAAAUUUUUUCGGCAAAUAAUCUCAGCUUUAGAUUUUUGUCAUUCUCAUUCCAUAUGCCACAGGGAUUUGAAACCUGAAAAUUUAUUAUUGGAUGAGAAAAAUAAUAUCAAAAUCGCAGAUUUUGGUAUGGCAUCGUUGCAACCGGCGGGAUCAAUGCUGGAGACAUCGUGCGGGUCUCCGCAUUAUGCUUGUCCCGAAGUCAUAAGAGGUGAAAAGUAUGAUGGCCGUAAAGCGGAUGUUUGGUCUUGUGGCGUCAUCUUGUAUGCUUUGCUUGUUGGCGCAUUGCCUUUCGACGAUGACAAUUUAAGGCAACUAUUGGAGAAAGUUAAGAGGGGUGUGUUCCAUAUACCGCAUUUUGUGCCACCCGAUUGUCAAAGUUUAUUGCGUGGCAUGAUUGAAGUGAACCCUGAUCGGCGUCUAACGUUGGCGGAGAUAAAUCGCCAUUCUUGGGUUACAGCCGGUGGCAAGGGGGAAUUGGAAUUAGAAUUGCCGAUGAUGGAAGUUGUGCAAACUCACGUUAUACCAUCCGCUUCGGCAGUGGAUCCUGAUGUACUAAACGCAAUUUGUUCCUUAGGUUGUUUUAAGGAAAAAGAAAAACUAAUUCAAGAACUAUUGAGUUCAAAUCAUAAUACCGAAAAAGUCAUAUACUUUUUAUUACUGGAUCGAAAACGAAGACGUCCAGCUUUAGAAGAUGACGAUGAGAUUGCCCAGAAGUCACGCAGUGAACUGGACGCUAUUGAUCCGCCCAGAAAACGUUUAGAUACAUGUCGCAUUAAUGGCACAAAUUCACCGAGCUAUGGACAAAUAUCAGAAGGAUCUCCGUUAACACCCAGAAGACAAGCCUUUAACUUCCGGUCCUACAGUAGUACGCGCAAUCAUCAGCGACGUUCACCUACUUCGGUUUCCUCGAUGCGUUCUUCUUCAUAUCAUAGCCCAACCAGAUGUAAUUCACCAAUUAACUCGGCUCAGCAACAGACCAAUGCACUGUCCAGACCAUCGUCUCCAGCUUCCUCAUCAAAUCACUCGUCCAGACAUUCCAAUUACGGGGAACGGGAACGCUCCAGUUCAGUGCAUCAUCCACCCGGCAGUAGAACGUCAUCACAUUCAUCGCAAACUUGCUUAGAAGGCAUGCCAGCAAAUGAAAUUAUUGUAAGAGAAGCGCGUGAAAGACGUGAAAUGCAUAACGAGCGCUCGUCUACAGUUCAAACAAGUUGUGUACCGGGUAAUCCAGCUGCCAAUUCGACAACGGUACAUCAAAGAGCCAAUUCGGGGCCAACAAUUGCAAUUAGCAUGUUUCACGAUCCUGAUGCCAAUAAUGAGAAAAAAUUAUUUAUUGCAGUUAUGAAUCCAACACCGUCACCUUUAAUGAACAACAGUUCUGCUGCCAUGCCAGGAUCACCGUGUAAUGCACCCGGUGGACAACUUUGGAAGACAAGACUUACAAAUAUUAAAAAUAGUUUCCUUGGUAGUCCACGCUUUCAUCGAAGAAAACUUCAAGUUUCCGCUGAUGAGGUUCAUUUAACGCCUGAAUCAUCGCCGGAGUUGACAAAACGCUCUUGGUUCGGUAAUUUGAUAACGACUGAGAAAGACGAGACUUUUACAAUAUUGGUGAAGGGUAAACCAAUAGCCACUGUAAAGGCUCAUUUAAUACACGCCUUCCUGUCGAUGGCCGAACUAUCGCAUAGCGUAGUAUCGCCAACUUCAUUUCGUGUCGAAUAUAAGCGAAACGGAAAUGGUCCAGUCAUGUUCCAGAGACAUGUUAAAUUUCAGGUUGAUAUAAGUGCUAUUUGUAAACAAGGUGAUAUAGCUGAUAUGCUAUUUGCUCUGACGUUCACGCUAUUAUCGGGCAAUAUAAGAAGAUUUCGACGUAUUUGUGAGCAUAUACAGUCGCAAGUAUGUUCAAAACGAUUUCCAGGGCCCAGCAGUCCACCCACAGUUCCCACAGUAACUCAAGCGGUGUCGGAGAGCUCAUCAUGUGGUUCAGUGUCCAGCGAAAGGUUAUCGUAUAAACGACAGCCAAUGGAAAAUGAAAUCGAAAGUGAUACAAUAUUUACAUACAAAUCUGGUAAUAGUCGACGCUCAUCUGCCACAAAUAACAACAAUGCCAAUUCAGUGGAUUUAAGACCUAACAGUCCCAUAGCUUUACGAUCUAAUAGUUCGGAAACGGGUGAACAAGAGAACAGUCGUGAAUUGCAGACUGAACGUCAGGCGACAACAAUGUCCGGGAGUGCAAUAGCAUGAGAAUUAUUUCUCUGAUUUGGUUGCAAGUUUUCCCAACAUUAUAAUUACUACUACUACGUUUUUCGUAUACUUAACGAUGUCUUCGAAUGUCGUUCUAUGAUAACAUAAACUAUACUACUAUUCCUAAAGAAAUAAUACAUAACUUACCUCUAUACACAAAACAAAUACAUACACAUACAUACACGCACACGCAACAAACAAACAAA